AUGCUUCAGUCGAUGCGUCUUUCCCUUCGCGUGCCUCUUCGCUCCGUUCGCUGGAACUCAACGGCUGGCCCGACACUGCCUCCGUUGAUGACGACGUUGCGCAAUGAUCUGAAGACCGCGAUGAGAGCAAAGGAUACUCAUCGACUCAAUGUCCUUCGCGCCUUGAUCUCAGAAACAAAUAACGCCGCCAAAACUGCUUCACCUAUUCAGACCGACAUUCAGCUUCUCUCGCUUAUUCGCAAACGAGCGUCGGCUGCUAAAGAAGCCGCUGAGGAAUUCGCCAAAGCCGACCGAGCCGACUUGAAGGAAAAAGAAGACGCCCAGAUUGCUAUCCUACAAGAAUAUGCUGGCCAUGUCAAGACCCUCAGCACGGAGGAGGUGGAGGCUGUCAUCGCGAGAGAAAUUGAUGCUAUCAAGGAAGCCGGAAAGAAAUUGGAAAUCGGUCAGGUUCUUAAGUCGUUGUUUGCCACGGGCGGUGCUCUCGAUGGUAAGCCCGCCGACAGGAAAGAAGUCGCUGGGCUUGUCAAACAAGCCCUCUCUUCUUGA